CACCGUCGAUAUGCCCACGGUGUGCCAACUGAACCCGGUGUUGGCGGGCAGUGCGCUGCUGGUCGGCUUUGGGCUGUUUAGCCUGCUGCGCUCCAGCCCAGGAGGGUAUGGCAAACGGGCUGAAUGCCUGUUGCCCUUGGCCACCCAGUUGCCUGCCCGCAUAGCCUGGUUCCUCCAGGAGCUCCCCUCUUUCGUGGUGCCCGCUGGGCUGCUUGCCUGGCAGGGCCCGCUCUUUGGCCCACCAGGGACCUUACUGCUUGGCCUUUUCUGCGGACAUUACUUCCACAGGACAUUCAUUUAUGCCUUCCUUACCAGAGGAAGGCCCUUCCCACUAGCAACAUUUAUUUGUGCCCUUAUCUUCUGUACCCUGAAUGGCUUCCUUCAAGGAUACUAUUUAAUUUACUGUGCUGAGUACCCUGAUGAAUGGUUCACUGAUGUCCGAUUUACUUCAGGUAUCCUUUUAUUUUUCUUGGGAAUGGCAAUCAACAUUCACAGUGACUAUCUAUUGCGCCAGCUCAGAAAGCCAGGAGAAAUUUCCUAUAAGAUUCCACAAGGAGGCUUGUUCACUUAUAUUUCUGGAGCCAAUUACUUUGGUGAGAUUGUGGAAUGGAUUGGCUAUGCCAUGGCAACCUGGUCAUUCCCAGGCCUGGCCUUUGCCUUUUUCUCGUUAUGUUUUCUUGGAAAACAAGCUUAUUACAGUCACAGGUUCUAUCUCAAGAAGUUUCAAGACUACCCUAAGUCUCGGAAAGCCCUAAUUCCUUUCAUCUUCUAAAACCACAGAUGAUAGAAAAGAAUGGAAAACUUUCAAGCUGCUGAACUUCACAACUGAGUCACACUGUAAAUAAUAAUAAUGAUGAUAAUAAUAAUAGCCUUUAUAUAGGGCUUUUACAUUU